AUGAGUAUCAUUGAAGAUCUGACGGCUGCGAGUUCGAUUCCUUCCGGAGAAUCAACUGAAUCACAAAAUCCAGUCAUCGAGGAGUCCACUGAUAAGGCUGACGAGUCCCUCAAUGGUGAAUUAUCCAAAUUGGAUCUCGACAACUCCAAGGAGAAUGAAGUCAAAGAUGAGAGACCCAAUGGAGAAGGAAAAGAUUACAAACAAUCCAAGAUGCCAAAAGAGUACAGACCUGAGCUUGCGGCCAGGACAAUCUACGUUGGAAACUUGAAUUACAGAGUCGAGCCCCGCCAUGUCGAAGAUCUCUUUAGCUUCGCUGGACCUAUAACAAAAGUCAUGCUCGUGAUUCAACCCGUGACGAGACGGCCCUGUGGAUACGGCUUUGUCACGUUUGAGAAGGAAGAGAGCGUUGAAAAAGCCAUCGAGAAGCUUGAUAGAGCGGAAUUCUGGCAUAGGCCACUUCUGGUGAAGAAGAAGGAAGUCGUCAGACCAGAUCAGGAGUGGACUGAUUCUCCUAGAGAAGGAAACCCUGACUCUAACAGAGGCUCUUUUAGAGGAAGAGGCAGAGGAAGAGGUAGAGGUAGAGGCCGGGGUAGAGGAUUUAGAGGAGGAUUCAGAGGAGGCCGUGGCGGCAGAGGGAACUCCGCACCCACUGAAACCACGCCUAAUGAAACCACGCCAAAAACUGAAGAAUAA